AUGCCAAUCACCCGUAGCGCAGGUAAGGCUUCUGCUGCAUCCUUGGCUAUUACCUCAGUUUCGGACUCUAAGGUAGAAAGAGAAGGCGAGUUCUUCGGUUUUGGUCUGUCUUUCAUGGAGUCCUUAGACGAUAGUGCUCCACUCCAAACCAGCGACGCUAAGGCCUUAAGGGACGCCACUUCUUCAGCAAUUGCGCAAGUAUGGGCCGACACCAUGGCCACUACAGCCUUGCUCUCGCGAAAGAUCAAAGAGGAAAAUUCGCAAGACGUAGGGGUAUCGAAGGUAAACCGUUUUCCAGAUCUUCCACUAGUGUUCGUUAAUGUACCAGGACGAUCACCGAUCUCUUUGUCUGGCUCGCAUCGCAACGAAAAUGAGGCGGAAUGCUGUCAGGAAAUCGUCCGUCAAUUAGUGGCAUUAAAUGUGUCUCCACGGUCCAUCGCAAUUGUGACGUUUUAUAAGGCUCAACAACAACUUCUGUUCAAUUACGCGACACGACGGGGUAGCCCUGCACACGGCGGGCUCUGUCCAGGGCCGUGA